UGUGGCGGUGACGCUGAGUCGGAAUCUGGAUUAUUUUGUGAUCUGAUCGCAGUGCAGUCUGAGUUUCCCCUCGGCUGCCGAAUAAAAGUGCAAUUUGUGACUGAAACAAUUGCCAAACUCAACGACGAUGAGUUUUGGCCACCGCUCGUAGUCAGCAAUUGUGCGGAAAGGAAAAUAAAAGGCUCGAAAUGUUUUGAUUGUGCUCUUCGCAUCGCGUGUUUUUGCUGUUUGUGCGGGGGUGCGGCAGUAGGCGCUGAACCAGCAACAACAAUCGUGAACGUACCGCUUCUGUGAUACUGAGUCUGUUUGCAAAAACAUGACUUACGAACUGCCUCCGAUCAUACUACAAGGCAAAGAACUGAUCAAAUACCGCCACCUGAAGCGCAAAUAUCCCGUGUCCAAGGACUUCCUGCAGCGCAACUGGUGGAAUGUCAAGAGGUUUAUAAUCAACGCCCUCACUCCGCGCUGCAUCCUCCGGAAUUAUGCCUGGCGCCGGCGACGCGGCCACCGCGUCGUUAUCCUGCGUCGCGUCCGCAUCCUGCUCUUCGAUCCGCGGCUCAAGCGGAUGAUCAAGCGCCGUCUGCAGAACGUGCGCCAGUGGUCCAAGACCCUAGUGGGUCACUACAGAAAGAUGGGCCGGAUCGAGGAGUACGAGGAGACGGAGGUGUACAGCGUGGCCGAGCCCUUGGGAGCCGAGGAACUGUCCAAGCAGAUGAAGCAGCAACUGGAGCUGCUCAAAACGGGCAAGAGAAGCCUGUCGCUCAUAGAAGACGCCAAUCCCAGUGCGGAGGUCCCACUCAAGAAGCUUAAAAUACAGCCUGAGAUUGCGGAGGAGACGCCCAGUGAAGAGGUCGAUGAUCACCUCGACGGUUCAGACCUCGCACCCUCCAAGGAGGCAGCCGAACGGACGCCCACAAAGUCGCCUGCACAAGUUACCGCCUCAGAGGAUGCACCCACCCCGCCCACUCCCAGCAAGGAGCAAAGCGGCCAGACCAGCACCUGUUCCAGUGCCGAGAAGACGGACAAGGCGGAAAAGGCCGGUGGCAGCAAGUUUCUGGACAUGCUCAUGAGCAAGGUGCGCGUGAAGAACUUUGCCCGCGAGGACAACAUCCCUUCGGAACCCACUGUGGCUCCAUUCUGCGCAUCCGAGGACGAUGGCAGCGAGGACUUUGUGGGCUUCGACGAAAGUGUCCACCAGCCGGGCAUGCUGCUCACUCCGCUGGUGCCCAGCAAUUGUAAGACCACGGAGGGAAACUCUGCCUUUGUCAGCGAAUCCCUGGAUGCAUACAUGCGGGAGCAUCACAUCAAAGACCCGGAUUCGGCGCAAGAAGAAAAGGACAAGUUGCUCGAGCCAAUGGGGCACGAUGGACAAGUUACCUCGCACAGUAUGGCGCCGCCGAUGGACAUGCCUGCCGUCCCGGAGGCACUGCAGCGCUUGCGAACGGUGGCGGAGAGGCGUCAGUAUCUGCAGCGUUGCAAGAACCACAAGAUGGGCAUCAUUAAUAAUGAGGCUAAUGUGUACAGGGAGUUGCAGCGUAAGCAGCGCCAGAGAAAGGUCAAGAUCGGCGCCAUGCAGGCCCUCCAGGCACCCGAAUCCCAAAUGCCAUUCACACGCCAGGGCUGGCAAGCUGCCAGUUAUGUGGCCACCGAGGACUCCAACUACUACUAUCAGGUAAUCCAGGUGGAUGGAGAGAUGGUUCGACUGCCAGGCGCCCGGGGAAAUAAUUUAAAGCGCGAGAAAAGUCCGUAUUUGAGCAGGCUAACUCGCAAAGAAGAAAAUGAACUAAAGUGCAGUGACGAUUGCUUAGAUACCCGUAUCUGCCGGGAGUUAAAAGUGAUUCCCACAAGAGUUAGCCCUCCGAGGAACCCCAAAGUCCUCAACCAGUUUCCGCUGCCCGCCAUUUUCCGCCCCUGCCCGCUAUCCAAGAAACCGCUGCAAAGGCCGCUGGACGAUGAUACAGCUGCGUUGCUCCUCGCAGGUGGCAGCAUGGCGGUUGUUAGCAUGCCAAAUGUGCAGCUAGACGUAAUGCCAGAGCUGGGCCGACCACUGGACGAGAUUGCGAAGCGGUAUCUGCAGCACAUCCUGCCCCAUCACGACAUAACACGCGAGUGGGCCGAGUUCAGUGUGUCCACGCUGCAGGCGCCACCCGCCUGCAUGAAGGAUGCAGAGGAGCAGGCUGCCCAAACACCAGCCGGUCGCCGCAAGAGUUUCACCUUCGUUAUUCCCUACCUCAACGAUCGGAAUCACAUUCUCGUGCGACGUGUAGUGGAUCGAUCCGAGCUCCUGGACGAAAGCUUUAAUGAGGAGCCCGAUAAGCUGCAAGAGUUCACCUUCCGGGAAAAGCUUCCUGCUCAACCGGAUGCCGAGUCUCUCGCCUGCGCAGACAUGAUCAACGACAUGAUCAACACUGUGGCCAUCAGCUGCAGCGAGAACAGUUUCAUAAGCGAGGAUCCGGAUGCGGUGGGUACUUCUUCGUUGGCCAAGUCCUCCGAUUUGAGUCCUGCUAAGGAGGAGUCUGGCAGGGACGCGGACAAGUCGGGCGGCAAGGCAAAGCGACUGCCCAACAAGCAGAAGCGCCUGGCCAAUGAACUGAGGCGGCUCAAUGCCACCAUCAUUGACGCUGCUGCCAGAAAUGCAGACGCUAACAAGCCCUGCAUUAAGGAUUACUGCCAGUUGGGCUGCCUGUGCGCCAGCCUCGCAGGUACAGAGUUGCCAGUACGGGAUCACUGCGGACGUGCAGAGUGUGUCCUAGACUGCCGUUGCCUGGGAGCGGAGCAGGGUCGGGUCAUGCGCGUGGAGGCUGCAGAUGGUCGCGGAAUUUCCAACGAGGAUGCGUUCAACUUGCGCCGUAAGGCCACUGCUCGGCUGGCCAAAAUGGAAAAGGACUUUACCUCCACCUUGGUGCUCACCGACAACGAGACACUGCUGAUCAACGAGUCGCAGGGCGACAAGAAGCGACGCUGCACAAAGGCCCCCAAGCGUUAUGAGGAUUUCGAUGACUCCAUGUUCGACGAGGAGGAAAAGGAAGUGGUUUCACCAACCUCAAAGAAGCAAAAAAAGAUUGCCGCUGCUGCUGCGGCUGCCGCUGCGGCUGCAGCUGCUGCUGCCGCUGCCAGCGCCAAGACAGCUGCUCCGGCUCUAAGCGAACCGUGCUCGGUGAAGGAUACGGAUAUGGCCAAGCUGAAGCAUUGCUUUGUGGGACUACGCCGGUUGUCAAACAUUGAGAACUUGGCCACGUUCUGCAUGACGCACCAGCUGUAUAAGUGCUUCUGUGGCGGUGAGUCCCCCGAUGGCAAGCCUGUGGUUAUCGAAAAGGAACAGUGGAACGCGCCGGUGACCCACUUUAAUCCGGAACUGGCCACCAGGGCGCAUUACAGUUUUGAGCGACCGCCGGAGGAGAUUCCCACAAAGAAGAAAGGAAAGGAAAAGAAAGCUAAACUGAAGCUUGAGCAGAAAGCGAGCGAAGAGGAGCAAAAGCCAAAGACUAAAGAAGAGGAGAAACCAAUACUUAAGACUGAAUCCACAGAAGAACCGAAGGCAGCUGUUUCCUCAUUUAAUGAUGAGUCCCCUCUUCAAAGGUCCAUUGAAUUGGAUACGAUCUUCAGCUACUUCCGCUCGCGCCCUCAAAUCUGCCGGCGAGCCAUUUCCGUUCCAAAGAACUCCUACCAGCGCCUGAACCAACGAAGGGCAGAACGGGUGCGCAACUAUACGGCGCGGCAAGAGACUGCUGAAACAAUGGAGCUGCUCAAGAGUCGCAUCCAGGGUGCCAUUACGUACUACCGCAAGGAAUUGGAUCGGCAGCGGAAGCGAGAGCUCUCCAAAAAGGCAUCAAAGUCCUCCGUCAUAGAGGUGCGCGAUGAUUCCGAUGGAAGUGAGGCUAGCACGCGUCAGAAGAGGAGUGGAACCCCUUCCAAGGGUUCGGCUCCAGUCAAGCGAAUAAAACUCCAGACGGAUGAGCCUUUGCCACCAGAGGAGGGCAAUAAGUUGGACAUUCAAGUGCCUCGUAUAGCUGCCUGCUAUUCCCUUAAUGCCGCUUCCGCGGAUGUUCUGGCAUCUGGAAUGGCUGCCGCAGCGGCUUCCGUCACCGGAGCGGAUAGCAAUUCCUCCGAGACGGAUUCUCCCAACUUCCGUUCAUUCUACAACGAGGUGGUCAAGAACAUGAACACCCUGGUGAGCAAAAAGAUGCAGGACAUUGACCUUGCGCUGCAGCGCGAGAGCAAGAUAAUCCCGUCCCCCAACGAGGAGAUUCUGUGCAUCAUCAAGUGGACCAACUUUUUAGCCGCCUUCGAAUCUGGUUUCGUAUUCAUUUGGGACGUCCAAAUGAAAAAUCACAGCUUCCUGGCGGCCACCACAACAAACCAAAUGCCCUCAGUGUGCGGCGCAAUAGCAGUGGUAAACACCAAGUUUGCACCGGAUGCUCAGGCGCUGCCUUUAAUGGCUCGAAUGCUGAUGAAUUCCACCCGAAAUGAAAACACCAACCGCCUUGCGGUGGUGAUGCAGGGCCGGCAGAGCUAUUGGCUUGUCAAAGGAUUUCUGCGACAUAUGGAGGGCAAUGCUUGCACAAAGCCCACCCCGCUGACGCAUCCGUUGCUCACCAAAAAGAUCAAUGUGCUGUGCUCGCUGCUGGUGAAGCAACGCAUCCGGGAGCAUCAGAAGAAGCUGCAGAGCGGUGGAGGCUCACAAUCUGAACUGCCGAACAGUUCGACAGCCGAUGUCCCUCCACCAAGUUCGCUUCUAAAGCAGCGCUCACGGGACCAUCGGAAAAAAUCACAGAGCGAGGAAGCCUCAUCCAGUACACCAUCGUUGGCAAAAGCUGUUUCUGGUUCAUCUGCGUCUGUUGCCACUGCAACAACUACAUCGUCAACCCCUGGGCCAGCUGCUGCUCCCCCUUGUCCAGGCAAGAUUUCGUCACCCGGUACCAAAGGCAAAAGCGGCGCUGCUGGGAUCCGAAGCAACAUCGAGUUCAGAAAGGUUAACCACAAUGAUGUGGAUGAGCUGCAAAUACCCGAGCAGCACAAGACCGACCACCGUUGGGUGGUGCUCGACAUUUUCGAUGACUUUUCGCACAUCUUCGUGCCCGCCUUCGGGGACAUGAUUUCGCUGACCAGAAUCCACAGUGUGAUGAAGGUGGCCGGGGAGACGCAGAAGGUGGUGAAGCUUCAGUUCUUUCCUAAUUCGCCCUACGAUGCCUUUGUGACGCCAUCAUCAAAAAAGAAGAUCUACUUUGGACCGCUGGGCUUGGACAUGCCGCCACCAGUGCUGGUGCUGCUACAGAGCGUUGACAGGAAGAUGAUGCUGCGCGAGGUUUACCAGCGGGAGCACUCUAUCCCCGUCCAGCGCCACCGUCGAAGCAUGGCCUUCUGGGUGCUGCACGUUAACGGGCAAGUGCACUUCGAGAUCGACAUGGAGUCAACGACUAAGCUGGCAGCGAACCAAAAUAAUUCCACCGAAACACCGUCUCUUAAUGUGGUAAAAAUACCGUCGCAGCUGUCUGUGGAGUUAGAAAAGAACGACGAGGCGGUCCCGCCGGUGGUGAUCAUUGAUAGUGAUGAGGAAGAUGAUGAUCAUGAUCAACUGGUUAUCGAUGAACAGGAGGAACACCAACUAGUCACAGAGAUUAAGCAGGAACAACCGCGCACGAGUUUCACCAUACAGACAAUGCCCUUCAGUGGAGCUCUGCAGAUAACUUCCGCGGAAUCGGUAGACCCACCCCCACGUCCUCCCAAAGAUGUUACCACCUGCAGCUUAACUGGUGGUUUCAUGCCGUUCAUUGCAAACGUACCCGCCAUAAAUGGUGAUGUAGCACCCACCACCCAAUACCUGACUCCCCAAGUGCAGGUAACCACGUCUUUGAGUGUUCCCGAGACAGUCUCGUCCAGUCUGUCGGCGCAUCCGCCAGGAAGCAAAGCGGUGCACAACAGGAUUAACGAGUCGCUGCAGGAGCUUCUCAGCAGUGGGAAUACUGUUACUCCUGGAGGCAUAACGAUCACCAAGUUGGACGGCAAGGACAAGAAACUGCCAAGCGAAGCCUUAAACAAGCGCAUUCCGGUUAUAACCGGGAUAGCUAAACAAGCCCCCAAGGCCUUACCAGCACCGGGGACAGUUACUGCGGCCCGAGCGCCUGUUAUCAGGCCAUUGCCUACGCCCAACUCCAAGGGCCCUCAAAUCAUAAGACCCCUAGCACAAGGACAGGGAACGGUGGUCAGGUUAUAUCCCAAAGCAGCCACCACUGCUUCCAAUCGGCAGUCCAUGCCGGGAAGCUCUAAACCGGCGGUAGCCGCAACACCACGCCAAUCCCUGCCAGCAAAGGUUACCAAAACCAGUGAUAAACCAUCUCCAGUUGGCAUCUCCAAGUUGCCUGUGUUAGCUGAGCCAUCGGCACGUAUGUCGCUGCCUCUGAAACCUGCCACUGCGGGAGAUCACCUGCCCUCACGACAAUCUCUGCCAGCUAAAGCGGUCGUCCAGCCUCCUGUAGCACUUCGUCCGGAAUCGGUUACAGCUGCUGGCCAAAAGCCCGCGGCUCAGCAGGGAAACGAGAAGCCAUGCUACGGCAUCAUGGCCGCCAAGGGGUUGCCGCGCUUCCGCGUCAAAGUACAUGGUUCCGACUUUCUUGUCAAGGUAGCAGAAGAAGGAGUGUUCCGCUUCAGAACUUUCGGAUCAGCCGCCGGCUUUCUUAAUCGUCAUUUGGCGAAGAAUCCAGAGUUCAAACCGUUCUUGCCGGCACAGUGGAAGUUUCAGGCCUUGGAGCAGACCAACCAACAAGUGCCAUCUAAGAAUCAUCGGUCCCCGGCAGCUAUCGUGAUCGAAGAUUAAAGCGUUUUCUCUUAAUUGCCCAUCACACUCAGAUUAUGUUUAAUUUACCAAGUAGUUGAUUAAGGCAGCAUACAACUCACAAGUACACUCCCGUUUUUCUGAUACAUAUUAAAUAUGUAAACUGUUUAGUUAUAGUUCUAGAUUAACACCAUCUAAUGUUCUUAUUGAGUUUGAUUAUUAUUACGAAUUUUCUAAUUAAAAAAAAACGUAUUAGCAACGACCGCCACCAAGUCAAUGCAAAAGUUUAAGGAAUAAUUUUAAACCUAUUAUAUUGUGUAUCAAAAUAAAACCAUGAACGUAGCUCAAGUUAUUUAUAAUGUUUCAAAUUGUAUGGUUGGAAAUUAUGUUUACGUUAUAUAUUCCGCUGCUCAAUUUCAAACCUUUGAUAAUAACGCA